GGAGCAGGAGGUUCCAUGAUAUUGGAGUCUGAUAAGCAGACGGGUGCAGUGAGGAAGCAUUAUAUUGGGAUGGUAACCAUGUUGGAUAUCUUGGCACAUAUUGCUGGAAGGGAUGAUGUUGAAGCUGGGAAUGAAGUUGAUGAUCUUGCUAAGAAGAUGUCUAUUCCUGUUUCUUCUAUAAUAGGUCAUUGCCUUGAAAGCCUUAGUUUGUGGACUCUCAACCCUACUACCAGCAUGCUGGACUGCAUGGAAGUGUUUAGCAAAGGGAUACACCGGGCAUUAGUACCAAUAGACAGCCACAUCGAGAAUGUAGCAGGAGUAGAGCUUGUGGAGUCUGCAUCCAGCUAUCGAAUGCUGACACAGAUGGAUCUUUUGAAGUUCUUGAAGGCACACGAGGCCGCCCUUAGAGGUAUCCUUUCUCAUAGGGUCAGAGAAGCUGGAGCAGUCUCGGACAUCAUCUUUGGUGUUACGGACAAGGCCAAAGUCAUCGAUGUCAUCAAGUGCAUGAGAACAGCUUCCCUCACAGCCGUACCAAUUGUUCAAUCGUCAAGCGAAAUCGAGGAGGACCAUUCUCAGCUUAUCAAUGGGAAAGGUAGGAAGCUUGUGGGCACAUUUUCUGCAACAGAUUUGAGAGGUUGUCCCAUUUCUCAGUUCCAGUCUUGCCUCAAAAUGGGGGUGGUGGAAUUCCUGGAGAAACUUGCAGACACCCCAUUGCACCAAGCAGCUUGCUUGAGAAGCUCAACAAGGGACCCUGUGGUUUGCACACCGGAAUCACUUCUAGGUGAAGCUGUUGACAAAGCUGUUACCUAUGCCGUCCAUCGAGUUUGAGUGGUAGAUGGGCAAGGUUUACUUUAUGGCCUUAUUUCCCUCACGGAUAUGAUAAGAGUCAUCAGGGUUUGGCUUCUUGCUGAGCCAGUCUAGCUAGUGUACUCUAAAUGAAGUUGUUGCACGUUUGGUUGUAAAAUCAGUUGACUAGGUGGAGUUUUUCGUGUAG